AAUCAAUCAGUAUCAAUCAAACUCGCCGUAAGCGAACAUCAGAAUGAUCUUCACAAGAAUGAUCAGCACGUUGCUGUUUGCUAGUGGUCUGUUCCUGCCCCUCACAUACGGGUUGGAGUGCUACAGUUGCAGUACCGACAACAGUGAUCUUGACUGUGACAAUCUCGCGACACUGGAGAAGGUUACCUGUAAACCGUUCAGCGCAACCAACCAUCCAGUACAACCGGUGUGCGGCUACAAACGACUCAUCCCAAGCUCGAACGGAUCACCGGAACGAAUCUGGAGAGGAUGUGCCGUUAGUGGCGAAUGUGCACUACUGUCGCGCCAGGGAAAUGAAGCAUUUAAUUCCGUCUUCCGGAUGUCCGCUUGCGAAGAAUGCGAACAGGAGGAUUGUAAUGCACCAAAGAAUCAUGGAACGAUCGUACGCCAUGGAUAUCUCACUUGGUACACUGUGUCUACGCUUGUUGUUAUUAACGUAGUCCUAUUAAAAAUGGGAUUGACUUUGGAUAAAUAAAAUGAAGUUUAAGGCGCA